AUGGGGGUGGUCACAGAAGGACACAAGGAGGAGCUUCGGCCAUGGAGCUCGGUCGGCUAUAGAGACGCCCUUCUGGUUUCAGUUUCCUUGCUGUUUGCUUCCGGGCUAAGUCUCCCGGAAGCAGGAAGGCCAAAGGCAGGAGGGAGUAGAUUGCGAGUAGGGCCGGGAGGCGGAGGUGGAGGCAGCGGCAGAUCCGCGCGGAGCCUGCGAGGGCUGGCGGCAGGGAUGGUGCAGUCGCCCUUGCUGCUGCUUCAGCUUCUUCUGGCCGCGAUCGCGCCACGAGGAGCCGCAGAGCUCACAGAUGGCAACAGCGAGCACUUAAAACGGGAGCAUUCGCUCAUCAAGCCUUACCAGGGGGUUGGCUCCAGUUCAAUGCCCCUCUGGGAUUUUCAAGGGAGCACCAUGCUGACUAGCCAGUAUGUUCGAUUGACCCCUGAUGAGCGCAGCAAGGAGGGCUCUAUCUGGAACCGAGUGCCCUGCUUUCUAAAGGAUUGGGAGCUCCAUGUUCACUUCAAGAUACAUGGAAUAGGGAAGAAGAAUCUGCAUGGGGAUGGAUUUGCACUGUGGUACACUCGGGAGCGCCUUACUGCAGGCCCUGUCUUUGGCAGCAAAGACAAUUUCCAUGGAUUGGCCAUUUUCCUGGACACAUAUCCAAAUGAUGAAGCUACAGAGCGUGUAUUCCCAUACAUCUCUGCCAUGGUGAACAAUGGAUCCCUGACCUAUGACCAUAGUAAGGAUGGCCGCUGGACCGAGCUGGCAGGUUGCACAGCUGACAUCCGCAAUCAGAACCAUGACACAUUUUUGGCUGUCCGUUACUCUCGGGGACGUCUGACAGUGAUGACUGAUGUGGAGGACAAAAAUGAAUGGAAAAACUGCUUUGAUGUUGCAGGAGUCCGACUACCCACUGGUUACUUUUUUGGGGCUUCUGCUGGUACAGGAGAUCUAUCUGACAAUCAUGAUAUCAUCUCAAUGAAAUUGUUCCAACUUAUGGUGGAUCAUCCACCAGAGGAAGAAAACAUUGACUGGACAAAGAUUGAGCCUAGUGUCAGCCUGCUCAAAUCACCCAAAGAUAAUGUGGAUGACCCCACAGGAAAUUUCCGUAGUGGGCCGCUUACAGGCUGGAAGGUGUUCUUGUUGCUUCUGUGCUCUCUGCUUGGCAUCAUUGUGUGUGCCGUGGUGGGGGCUGUGGUCUUUCAGAAACGCCAGGAACGGAACAAACGAUUUUACUAGCAGUGGAGUGGGUCCAGAUUUUGGGUAUUUGGGGAAUAUUUUUUACAGGGGGAGGGAGAAUUGUAUAGACUCUGGUUUCUAAGAGGCUCUUUCAGAGAAUUAUAUGGAAUAUUUUCAUAUCUUUCAUUUCCUGGCCAUACUAGCCAGGUAAUCUGUGUCAAACAAUCAGGAAAGUAGGGUGCAGCCCUAUUGAGAGCCUGCUUUUCUCUUUCUGAAUGCUAUUCAGAGUCAACAGCCCCUCUUUUAAAACCAAGUAAAAUAAAGGAAAAUGGUACACAAAACUGUGGUUAAAAAUGGUAAGUAUUCCUCUUCUGUGGGGCAUGGUUUUGCAUGCCAGUUUUUGCUGGUGUUUUCUUUAACAGAGAGGUGUUUCUAAAGUCCUGCUAACUCUGCUGGAGGCAAUUGUCUUGCCUGGCCCAUAAAUCCACUUCAAGGUGGGUCCUAUGAAUUGAAUGUAUUCUGUAGUCUCACUGGUCCUGAAACUUCCUUUUAUUGCCAGCUAUUUCUGUAUUGCUUGGAGUGAGACUAAAGUACACCAAAACAAUUGGUGGCUAUCAAAUGUGAUUUUCCUCUAUUGUGAUGGAAAGUGUGAUUGCAUUGGUUUGGGAGAGCAGGGCUUGAUUUUCCAGUUGCUGUGGAGUUUGUGCCACAGCUUGAAUGCAGAAGCUCAAACUUCAUAUCUUCAAGCAUCUAAGAUGAGUGAUUUGGGUUUCAGUGUUGUUCUUUGUCACAGCACAUAGCUGCGUGUGCAUUUGAAAGAUGAUAGAUUGAAGGUAUGUGAAAUAAAAUGGAAAACUGAUUUUA